CGAUCGGCUCUGAAAGCAGCAUAGUCUACGCACGCGCAGAGGGUGGAACCGGUAGAUGUCCUGACGGAAAGGUCUUUUUGUUUGGGCCACUUACACUCGACAGUUGCUUUGAUUCCCUGGGUUAUAAACCAUUUUUUAUCUGCAUUAAUUUCGGUGUCUUUUAUGAAUAAUCAAAAGCAGCAAAAGCCAACGCUAACAGGCCAGCGUUUCAAAACGAGGAAAAGAGAUGAAAAGGAGAGGUUUGACCCUUCUCAGUUUCAAGAGUCAAUCGUACAAGGCUUGAAUCAAACUGGCACUGACUUGGUAGCGGUUGCGAAGUUCCUUGAUGCCUCUGGUGGCAAGCUUGACUACCGCCGGUAUGCAGAGACCCUCUUUGACAUCCUGGUGGCCGGUGGUAUGCUGGCCCCGGGGGGUACUCUAUCUGAUGACAUGAUCCGUACUGACUACUGCCUUUUCACGGCACAAGAAGACCUGGAAACAAUGCAAGCAUAUGCUCAGGUUUUUAACAAGCUGAUCAGGCGUUACAAGUACCUGGAGAAAGGUUUUGAAGAGGAGAUCAAGAAGUUGCUGCUGUUUUUAAAGGGGUUCACUGAGUCUGAGCGCAACAAACUGGCCAUGUUGACUGGUAUCCUGUUGGCCAAUGGGGACAUAUCAGCCUCCAUCCUGACCAGCCUCUACAAUGAGAACCUCGUCAAAGAGGGGGUAUCAGCAGCCUUUGCUGUCAAGCUGUUCAAAUCAUGGAUCAAUGAGAAGGACAUCAACUCUGUGGCUACCAAUCUCCGAAAAGUUGGCAUGGAUAACAGAUUGAUGGAACUCUUUCCUGCCAACAAACGAAGCUGCGAGCAUUUUUCCAAGUACUUCACUGAUGCAGGGCUGAAGGAGCUUUCUGACUUUGCCAGGAACCAACAAACCAUUGGUGCCCGUAAGGAGUUACAGAAAGAGCUCCAGGAGAUGAUGGCCCAAGGUGAAUCUCAGAAGGAGAUUAUUGUCUUCAUCACAGAGGAGAUGAAGAAGGCUGGCCUCUCUGAGCAGACCAUGAUUGGCAUCAUCUGGACCAGUGUAAUGAGUACUGUGGAGUGGAACAAGAAAGAGGAGUUGGUGACCGAACAAGCCAUCAAACACUUAAAGCAAUACAGCUCUCUGCUGAAAAAUUUCACCAAGCAGGGACUGUCAGAACUCAGCCUGCUGCUGAAGAUUCAGGAAUACUGUUACGACAACAUCCACUUCAUGAAGGCCUUUCAAAAGAUCGUGCUUCUCCUCUACAAAGUGGAUGUUUUAAGUGAAGAGGCCAUACUGAAGUGGUACACUGAAGCCCACAUUGCCAAGGGGAGAAGUGUUUUCCUUGAGCAAAUGAAAAAAUUUGUGGAGUGGCUCAAGAACGCAGAAGAAGAGUCUGAAUCAGAGGAGGAGGAGGAGGAGGCGGACUAAGACCUCCAUUACCAGAUAACUUUUUCUUUUUUCCCUUUUUUUUUUUCAAACAAUUAGCAUCAGUUGAAUAAGACUCUUGUAAACUCCCUAUUCUUUUCCCCUGUCGCUUACACUUAUAUGUCCACCGACCAAAAUGAAAAAGGCCUGUGUCCCUCUCCAUCUAAUGCAGAUUUGACAAAUGAAAAUAAAAAAUGAUAAAUUAUACCUGCUUUAUAAUCUUGGUAUAGUUGUUGAUAUGCCUUCUGUAAUUGAAGUACAAAAAGACAUCUGAUCUCAGUUUGUUGCUUGUACCAGUUCCAACUAGAAUUUGAAAAAAUCCAAGUUUGCCUUUUUGCCAUGUUUCUCUAAUUUUGAAGUUUAAUUUUGCUCAGAUUACAUUUUUAUUCCUGUCAGGUCUUUAACAUGACCCUACUUUUUUGACUUCCAAGAACACCUUGACUGCAUGAUACAACAUGUGCAGCUCUCAAAGAGGCCUAUCAAGCUGAAUAUUGGUUUGUACUUUGUUUAAUCUGAUAAAAUCUUUUUGAUUUUUUUUAAAGAAAUAAAGACUAUGAAAAUUGUA